CGAGUGGAGGUUUGUUCGUGCAAGUGUAAUUACUCUGUCGUCGAGAUUGAGAUUAACUCCGUGUCGCUUCUGGCAUUCACUGACGACUGGUCGGAUCGUGAUUCGUGAUUCCUGACCUCGGACGUCUUAUCCUAUUCGUUUCUGCUGGCAAUCCCUGUGCGCCUGAAUUUUGAAAGAAAGAAAAAGCUUCGCCACAGCAGCUCCUCAUGGCGCCGGUUCAGCCGCGAUCCGCGCUGCAUAAUCCGCCGCAUCCGCCGCCGCAAUCGGCGCCGCAGCGCGCGCUGCAGCUGGACCAACAGUCGACGAUGGACCUAACCCUGACGGUGCUCCAGCGGAUGGACCCCGCCGUCGCGGAGAUCUUGCUGACGGUCGGCCACGUCACGGUGUACGAGUUUGACGUGGCGGCCUCCUCAUGGACACGAAAGGACGUGGAAGGAUCCCUGUUUGUCGUCAAACGCAAGGAGCAGCCUCGCUUCCAAUUCAUAGUCAUGAAUCGCAGAGCGCCAGAUAACCUGAUCGAGGACUUGUUGGGGGACCUAGAGUACGAGGUGCAGCCGCCGUACAUCCUGUAUCGCAACAGGGGCGGCGAAGUGAACGGAAUCUGGUUCUACUCGCUCAAGGAGUGCCACGAUGCCGCCACCCUCUUCUCGCGCAUCCUCAACACCUUCUCCCGCCACACCCACGCGCCCAAGAAGCCCCUCGUGCCCUCCAAUAGCCCUGAGUAUUCCGAGCUCGAAGCCGUCCCCUCAGCCGACAUGGUGGACGGCCCUCUGGAGCCCAGCACGCCACAGGAGCAGCAGCAAGCCUCGUUCUUUGACGGGCCGCAACAACCACUGGACCCCGCCGCACUGCACAUUCUGAACGCGCCUCUGGAGUCCGUCUCCUCAGCAGCAGACGGUGUAAACGGGCCUCUUGAACCCGGCGCGUCCCAAGAGCACCUCGCUUUUGCCCCCCUCCCUCCCUCCGCCUCUCUCCCCCUCCCUCCUCCCUCUUCUCGCCCCCCCCCUUUUCAAGACGCGCGUUCUACCUCCGCCCCCGUGCCCCCCUCCCUGCUCUGCACCCUGCUCCCGUCCCUCUCCGCAACACAAGAGAGCUUUAUCCCCCCUCAAAACCCACCUCUCUCCGGAACACCAGAGCCGCAGCUGACCCCACUCCCGCUGCUGCAGGGCCAGCAACAGCAGGAGAAUGGGUUGAGGCAGCAAGAGGGGCAGCAGCAGUCGCAGCAGCAGACGCAGGGGCAGGGGCAGGGGCAGGAGAAGGGGGGGGGGCAGGGGCAGGGACAAGGGCGGGGUGUGGUGGUGAGUGAACAGAUGCAGGCACUGAUGGAUCUGCAGGCAAUGCUGCAUAUUCAGCCAGCAACAGCAGCAAUUAUGCCCACAGCAGCAGCAAUCCCAGCAAUGGAAGGGCAAGGGACACGUGCGCUACAACCACCACCACCUUCCGCUACAGCCCUGCUAUCUCACCCUCCUCUGUCUUCCAUCUCAACUCCUGCUCUCCUGAAGCCCUCUUUCUUCUCAGCCUCCCCUCCUUCCGCCCCUUCUGCGUCCGCCGCACCAACAGCAGCACAGCCGCCGCCACUGCCGCCACUGGCAGCAUUACCACUGGCACUGCCAGCGCUACAGCCGCCACUGGCGCCACUGCCAGCGCUACAGCCACCACUGCCACCACUGCCAGCGCUACAGCCACCAGGUGCUCCUCCGCCUUCUCUCCCCUCUCACAUUCCCUUUCCCACUCCUUCUUUUGAGUCGACUCAAAAGCUUUCAGCACUACCACCACCAGGUGCUCCUCCGCCUCCUCUCCCCUCUCACAUUCCCUUUCUCACUCCUUCCGCCCUCGCCUCCUCACUCCUCUCCUCCUCCUCUGCCUCCCCCUCUCAGUCCACUCUCUCCUCUGCAGCUUUAACCACCAGCAGCAGCAGCAGCAGCCAUUUUCAGGUGCCUGCUCACUUCAUGCUGCCACUCCCUUCCACUGCUCCCUUCCCUCCCCUACCUCCUCUCCCCUCUUCUGCUACUGCUUGCCACCUCCUAGAGAAAGGAACAGAAGUCCAAGGAGAGAGAGGAGGAGAGGGAGCAGGGGAGGCAGGCGAAGGGGGGUCUGCACCCACACUGUCAGCAGCAGCCGAGACAGGAAGGGAGAGCGAGCAGGAUAGUGGGCGUGAGGGUGAAACCGAGAGGGUAUCAGGUAGUGAGAGCGAGCGCAUGUCCCGGGCUCUAGCAGCGCUCCUGCAGCCCACCCAUGGGGCUCCCAUGCUGCAACCAUUUCCCCCGCCCGCCCCGCCCCCUUCCCUCGCCUCCCCGGUCCCUCCUCUCGCCCCCCCUCCCUCCGUACCUGCAUCUGCUUCUGCGUCUGCUUCUGCCUCUGCUGCUGCUGCUGCUGCUGUUGGUUCUGGGCUAUUCCUGCAAGGGGAGAGAGGAGGGGAGGGCGUGACGGUGGUGGUGACAAAGGAAGGGCUCAAAGCUGCACUGCUCAGACUGGUGCAGAAUGACAGCUUCAUUGACAUGCUCUUUCAAGAGCUUUCUCUUGCACACUCAACCCCUUAAUGACCCUGCUGACUUGAAAGCAAGUUGCAUGCUUAGGCGUGUUGAAAUGCCUCAAGGCAUGUGUUUUCGUGACUUUGGCUAGCUACACGCACAUUUAAGCAUAGCUAGUAGUCGUCUCACCCUGUCACGUGGGCAAAAUCAAUGCCCUUUGUAGCACACUCGUUAGGACCUUUCUCUCACAGCCCAUACCAACUUACUGUCAAACACAUUUGUGUAUGGUGUUGUAGACCAUAUAGGGUUGUGCCUUAGAAAGUACAGCCCCCUAGGUUAUAAUGCCUUGUACUCUCACAUUCUAGUCAUU